AUGGCAGACAUACCGCAUGUAUCAAGCUGGGUAAAUGGAACAUAUACCUCCCCGACGUUGGCUCGGGUCGAUGUUCUCAAUCCCGCCACCGAAACGCUCAUUGCGACGAUCGACUCUACCCCCAAAGCAGGAGUGGACAAGAUUGUUGCAGACUCCUGGAAAACAUUCCACAAUGGAACCUGGUCCCGCGCAGAGGCCUCUGAGAGAUGCCAAAUCCUGUCGAAAGCAGCAAGCCUACUCCGCGCUCGUAUCCCCGAGUUCGUCGAGCUGGAAACCCGUCAGACCGGCCGACCCAUCCGUGAAAUGCGCGCCCAGCUAGCCCGGAUCCCCGAAUGGCUUGAAUACUUUGCAUCGCUGGCCCGUGUUCAUGAAGGUCGGGUCACCCCGUUCAAAGGCCCCGUAGUCAAUACACUUACCCGUCUCCCGUUGGGUGUUGUCGCCCAGAUCACCCCAUACAACCAUCCGCUCCUGAUCGCGACCAAGAAGAUCGCAGCCGCCCUGGCAGCGGGGAACGUGGUUAUCGUCAAGCCAUCCGAGCUCGCCCCGUUAUCUGUCUUGAAGCUGGGCCCACUUUUCAAAGAAGCUGGUCUUCCCGAUGGGGUGUUGCAGAUUCUGGGCGGAUACGGCCGAGAAACGGGGAAAUACUUGUGUGAGAAUCCUCACCUGGCCAAGAUGGACCUUACAGGCGGCCUUGCCACAUACCAGGCGAUUGCGCCAUCUGCUGCAGCAAAUAUGAUCCCUAUCACGGCUGAGCUUGGCGGAAAGGCCCCCGUUUGCCUUUUCCCGAGUCUUGAGGUGGAAAAGGCCGUGAAGGCCGCGCUGUUCGCCAGUUUUAUUGCUAGCGGGCAAACCUGCGUAACAGGGAGCCGACUGCUAGUCCACAAAGACAUCUACGAUAGCUUCAGGGCGCAGCUGGUGAAACGAGUAACAGCACUGAGGGUCGGUGACCCGUUUGAUGAGAUGACCCAGAUUGGCUCCGUUAUCUCUCGAGCGGCCGUGGAACGAUGUGCAGGGUUUGUGUCUCGUGCCGUGCAAGAAGGAGGGAAGAUCCUGUGUGGUGGAAACCCUACGUCCACGACCGAUGGCAAAGGGUACUUCUUUGAACCGACCAUUAUCGAAACCGGUGAAACGUCCGACUUGGCCUGCAACGAGGUCUUUGGCCCCGUGAUUGCCAUUUUGAAGUGCGACUCGGAGGAGGAGAUUAUCAGAGUCGCCAACGGCACUUCAUUUGCGCUGGGGGCUUCUGUCUGGACCAAUGAUUUCGCCCAGGCGCAUCGGGUUGCGGACAAAAUCGAGGCAGGGAUUGUCUGGAUUAAUGGGCACCAUCUCAACGACCCGUCAUCCCCCUGGGGUGGAUUCAAGGAGAGUGGCCUUGGAAAGGAGAAUGGACAGGAGGCAUAUGAAAGCUAUACUAAAGUGAAAAGCACUGUCAUGAACUACGGAGUGUCACCAGAUUGGUUUGACGAUGAACCUGCUAACGCCCGGUAUGGUUAA